AUGCGACUUGCUUACUCCAAUAUGGGCAAAAAGGACGCUUGCAGGAGGCUGGCUGGAGAUUUACGUUUGGGUAUACUGGCAUCCACUGUUAAAAUGUCGCCAGUUUAUCAAAGACGAAUGUGUCUUCACACACAGACCCCAUUGCGAACUAGUAGAGAUAAUGAAAAGUCCUUGCAGCUUUUGGAGCUUGGUUUUGAUAAGCACUAUAAGAUACGUUCGAAUAUUGAACUUCUCAUACAAGACUACGCAAAAAAGCCCAUCCAACCCAUCACUUAUGAGUACCUAACUCGUUACAAACCGCCAUUGAGAGAUAAUACUGAGUAUAUGCUUAGUAUAAAGACGGCCAAUUUACUGCUGUCAUAUACAUGUCGUCAAUUGGACGCAAUACAAAAGUUACCAUACAUUGUGGUGUUGAACCCCAACAUUGAGAUCAGCAACUCACUAUACCUAAAGACUUUGGAGACUUUGCUCUCUAUUGAGUAUCCUUAUGGUUUACACAAUCGUGAAACCAUGAUUGAGUUGUUGACAGGGUUUUUGGAUGAACAUCAGGACACUUUGGUUACUCUCGCUCGAGGAUUCCAAGAAGUGAUGGAUUUCUUCCCAAAGGAAUCUGUAUUUGAGUUCUUGAACCAGCAUUUGAGGGACAGGAUCUCUAUGAAACUUUUAGCGACACAUUACUUAUCUCUACUUGAACAAUCAAAGCAGGACAAACCAAGUGAAAUGAUCGGUGUCUUACAUCAGAAUUUACAAAUAUCCAGCCUUGUUCGGCAGGUAUCCGAAUAUGUUAACGAUAUGUGUUUUGUCAAAUACGACCGAACGGUUCCCAUUUCCAUCCUGACUGGCCAAAACGUCACUUUCCCAUGUAUACCGACUAGCCUGGAGUAUGUGAUUACUGAAGUACUAAAAAACUCCUUUAGAGCUCAUAUUGAAGGCAGUACAUCUGAGAAUGAUCUCACAGAAAAGCCAAUCGAAAUUACCAUAGUGCGCAAGGAUGAUGAGAUGCAAAUCAGAAUUCGUGAUUAUGGUGGAGGUAUUUCCCCCGCUGUUGAAGAAAGAAUGUAUGAUUAUUCAUAUAGUACAGUGAGUGAGAAGGCAAAAGAUACCGGUGCUGAAGCCUACAUGAUUCCCGGCGAAGAUGUGAACAAUGUAUCCGGUAUGGGCUUCGGACUUCCUAUGUGCAAAGCGUACAUUGAUAUGUUUGACGGGGGACUAGACGUUCAAAGUUUAUUGGGAUGGGGAACAGAUGUCUAUAUCAAACUGAAAGGGCCUUCCAAGGAGAUGCUUGAAUCUUAA